CAACUACAAACACUAGUCAAUAAGAUAUUUCACGAAAAAUGACUACAAUAGACUCACAGCAUGAUGAUAUGAUGCACGAUGCGAUAUUGGAUUACUAUGGAAAACGCUUAGCAACAUGCUCUUCUGACCAUACCAUUAAGGUGUUCUCUUUGGAAAAUAAUCAACAAACAUUAUUAGAAAUUCUCCAUGGUCAUACAGGCCCUGUUUGGCAGUUAGACUGGGCCCAUCCUAAAUUUGGCACCAUUCUUGCUUCUGCUUCGUAUGACGGCCAUGUAAUUGUUUGGCGUGAAGUCGAUGGUGUCUGGAGACAGUUGAUUGAUCAUAGUGCUCACCAAGCUUCUGUCAAUGCCGUUUCUUGGGCUCCUCAUGAGUACGGGGCUCUUCUUGCUUGUGCUAGCUCGGAUGGCAAGGUUUCCGUUUUGGAUUUCAAAGAUGAUGGCUCGUAUGAUACCAGGAUGUUUUCCACCCACGAUUCUGGAUGUAAUGCCGUUUGCUGGUCUCCCCCAAGUCUCUCGGGCUCCAUCGUCGGUCAGUCCCCUGCUACAGGUCCUAAGAAGUUAGCUACUGCAGGAUGCGACAAUCUCGUUAAGAUCUGGGCCUUCGAUUUUAAUGUUAACAAUUGGGUUUCAGAAGACACUCUUACUGGCCAUGUCGACUGGACUAGAGAUGUUGCCUGGGCUCCCAGUGUUGGCCUUACCAAAACUUACCUUGCAUCUGCUUCCCAGGACAAGAACGUUUUUAUAUGGACAAAGGAAGGUGAAAACCCCUGGCAAAAAACUCCCUUAACCGAAGAAAAGUUCCCAGACGUCGCUUGGCGUGUUUCUUGGUCUCUGUCAGGCAAUAUUCUCGCUGUAUCAUGUGGUGACAACAAGGUAUACCUUUUCAAAGAAUCCCACAAAAAAUGGCAAUUGAUUAAUGAAUUGAGUGGUUAAAGCCAAUCCUUCCCUCUAAUUUCUUUCCUUUUGAUCUCUUGUUGGCCUUUGCCAUGCUUAAUUACUUUUUUACGGCUAUAAUGCACUUGUACUCCUUUGAAUUUUCUACGACAUUCCAUCUUUGGUUUAGUGAUAGAUGAAAAUCUUAUGUAUAUUCUUUUUUAUCCACGACAAAGAUUACUUUUCACAUAGUUCCUUGUAUGCCAUGCCGCUCAUGAAAAAAUUCCAGUACUUUCAUAUAUAUGAGUCGCCUUGCUCUGAUAUGAAUUAUCCAUUAAAACUAUAUACAAACGUAUUAACCAAAAUUAUAAAAAAUAAAAAAUAAAAAUAAAAAACAUAAACGAAACAUAACGCAUGCGGUUAUUUACAACAAAACGAGAGGAGGUGUUUGCCUUAUAAAACAUGCUUCUUGGACUACCUCAACGGUUUUUUCUAUUGCCAUUUGCCAAGCUCCUAUUUUAUCUUUGCGAUUCAGUUGCUGGAGCCAUCGAAUUAAAGCUUGUACUUUUAAUAAAUUUCGCUCUUCUCGAAUAACACGGCCAAGAUACUUAGAAAAGUAAUCAACAUCACGAGAAUUAGGACCUCUUGGUGUUUUCUCGUACCAUCUAGCAAGCAGUUCUCGAAGUUCAUUAAUUGAUUGUUUUUGCUGAAAAGUAAUGACAGGAUUUGGGAUCAUUUUUACUUCCCGAGCUAAGUCAUAACGAUUUACUUUAGUUUCCUCUAGUACAGUUUCUUGAAUCUCUUUCGGAAGCUCUUCCAGCACCUGAAGAUCUACUUGAGGGAUGUACUGCUUUUUUACUUUCUUGUUUGGCCUCAACAUCUUUUCGAAAGCAUCUUGCUGCUGAAUUUUUUUCGCCGUCUCCGUCGGAAUAUUGUCAUUCGGCUGCACAUGACUUUUCAAUUUUAACCGUCUAUUGAUAGUAAUUUCAUGAUCUUCCUUUACCUCAUUCCUGAUCGGUGUAGGUAAUUCUUUCAGAAAUAAUGGAUCCAACUGACUUGGAAUUUCAUCAACUCUUUUAUUUUGCAAUUCCAGUUGUCGUCUUAUGUUUCCUUGCAUAGACUGAGGCAGUUGGGCCAAAACACUUGGACUCACUUGCGACGCCGAAGGAAGAUCAUACGGAGUUGAUGGAAUGAAAGUGGUACAUGUCGAAGAAGCUUCAAUGUUUUCAUUACCUUGAUUUUGACCUUGCUGUUCAUUCAAUGGACCAGGAAGGAUUUGUUUAUGAGGAGUUUUUAGCGGCGCAUUAAAGUUAAACACUCUUUCGUUUUUAUCAUCUUUCACAAUUUUUAAUGCCUGAAGACCUAUUCCUCGCACAUCUCCCGGAUCCACAUUCAGAGAUGUAUAUAAAUUUAUUACCUGUCUGAAAAGGAUAUCGAACGACUUAGUAGCAGAAGUAAACAUUGCAGAUUUCGUCAAGGUCGUAACUUCACCGGCACCUAAAUAUUUAGCAGGAUCAAACGGAGCAUUUUCUGCUCGCUUUAAAACCCGAAGUUGAAGUUGAUGUAACACGACAUCGCAUUUGGACAUGCGAAUUAGUAACUCUUUUAAAAGGCGUUUCAAAAAGUCCAUUGCAUCUUCCAAAAAUAUAAAACGAACCCCCCAAUUCACGUCGACAGAGACAGACCGACGCGGGGUUUCAUUACUUAUAUGACUAGUGUCGACUCCUCGAGCUAUAUUGUACAAGUGCAAUCCAUAAUUAACACCAAAUGUUUCCUGAAGACCAUGCUUGUUUAUUUGUUGUAAGUCUCCUACAGUUUUGACGCCAUACAAGUCAAACAGCUUGAAAGACUGCGAGGGACCAACACCGGGUAAAUCUUGAACAGAGAGACACUGCAAGAACUCACAUGCAUCUUCAUCCUUAAUGUAAAAUAUAUUGUGCGGCUUUGCUUUCCGUAAAGCAAGUCUUGCUAGUAAAACGUUCGAUCCAAUACCCACACUGACAUCGCAAUUCGUUUUAGUUCUAACUCGCGUACGAAUGGACUCUGCGACCUUGGUGCAUUCCUCGAAAGAAUCAACAUGAGUUGUUAAAUCAAGUAAGGCUUCGUCUAUACUAAUUACUUUCAAACAGUCAUUAGGAGUGUCGGCUAAAACAGAAUAAAAUUCUCGUGAAACAGA